AUGGAUCCACAGGAAUUAAUCAGAGACGCCGAUAAGAAAGCUUCGGUCACCUCUGGAGGCUUUUUAUCCUCGUUUUUUGGCUCCAGCAGCUUGGAGAGAUACGAAGAGGCCACCGACUUGUACACGCAGGCCGCCAACAUGUACAAGGUGCAAAAGAACUACUCAAAGGCGGGCGACGCUUUUGUCAAGGCUGCGGCAUGCCAAAAAAAAGCUGAAAACGCUAACGACAAUGCCAACUGCUUGAUCGAUGCGUUUAAGUGCUUUAAGCAAUCCAACGCCGACCUGGAGAAGGCGAUCCAGUGCCUCGAGGAAGCCAUCCAGGUAUUCCUCCUCCAGGGCCAGUUUAGAAGAGCCGCAAACUUUGAAAUGGAUUUGGCGGAGUUGUACGAAACCAUGGAUGACUUGGCACGUGCAGCGCACGCCUACGAGCAGGCCGGCGACUGGUUUGCCGGCGAUUCGGCGCAGGCGUUGGCUAACAAGGCGUAUUUGAAGUGUGCCGACUUUAAGGCGUUGCUGGGUGAAUACCAGCCGGCGAUUAAGAUGUACGGAAUCAUCAUUGAGAACUCUUUGGGUAAUAACUUGUCGAAGUGGAGCUUGAAGGACUACUUUUUGAAGGUGGUUUUGUGCAAUAUGGCCCAGGAAGACAUCGUGGGUGCUCAGAACUCGUUGAACAAGUUCUUAGCGGAUGAUGGUUCGUUUGAGAGCACCAGAGAGUACAAGUUGGCCGUGGAUAUCGUGGAAGCUUUCCAGCAGGGCGACUCCCAGUUGUUUACAGACAAGGUGUAUGAAUACGACCAGUUCUCCAAGUUGGAUAAGAUCAAGACCCAAUUGUUGGUGAACAUCAAGAAAUUGAUUGCCGCUGAUGAAGACGAUUUGACCUAA